CUUAUCUGUAAUUGUCUUCCAGAUUUAAUGUCAUUCAAUCUGUGCAAUUGAAUUGAAAAUUAACGAAACCCCACUUGACAUUGCUAAUAGUUCGGUUUUUGUAUCGAUACUCGAGGCUUCUGAAAGGAUAAAAAGCGGAGAAGGUGUACUUCGCUUUCCGAAGAUCACGCAGAAAGGUUGCCUCAGGGUCAUAUAGAGUUCAUCCGAAGGUCGAGGUCAUAAUAUCUGAAGGUGACUGAAGUAGGAGUUGAUUGAAGGAAGAGUAUGGAGCAGUUGACGGAAGUGGAGUUCAAAGGGGUGAAGUUGGUGGAGAUGAACAAGUACGGGUUCCAGAAGGACAACACGGCCACUGAUGUGGACGUCGCCCUUCAGUUUGACAUCCAUCAGAUGUCUGUUGCGUGUGAGGGCGGGUGGAGACUCACUGUGCACGUGCAGGGCAAACACCAGGACAAAAAGCCCGCUAUUUUUACUUACCACGACAUAGGUAUGAACUUCGGCAGUUGUUUCCAGUCGCUGUUCUGUUCACAAGAGAUGGCAGUGAUCAGAGACCACUUCACAAUCUACCACAUCACAGCCCCUGGACAGGAGGACGGCGCCAGACCCCUCCCCACCCCCCUCACAGACCCCAACCCAUACCCCAAUAUGGACCAGCUGGCCGAUCAGUUGGUGGCUGUAUGCCACAAGUUCAACCUCAAAAAGUUCAUUGGAUUUGGCGCGGGUGCGGGUGCAAAUGUCUUUCUCCGCUUCGCAUUGUCACACCCUCAAAUGAUGGAGUCCCUUGUCCUCAUCAACCCUACAGUUCGCAAGGCAGGCUGGGUCGAGUGGGGCUACUUGAAACUGGCUCUCAGAUACCUCAAUUCAGGAGUGACGAACAGACACACUGAAGAUUACCUGGUGUGGCAUCAUUUGGGAUACAAGACCAGCUAUGAGAAUGAGGAUCUCUGCAACAUGUAUCGCCACUUUCUCGCUCAACUCUGUCCAGAGAAUCUUGCCAGGUUCAUCCAGGUGUUCCUGGAGCGGUCGGACAUUGGUGUGAAGCGAGAAGCCACCAGUGCCAAGGGAGACGGAGGGUCCUUCCGGUCCAACAUCACUUGUCCGGUGCUGAAUGUCGUGGGCGCCUGGAGUCCGCACGUGGAGGAAUCAGUGGACCUCAAUACGAAGCUAAAUCCAAACGAGGCCACCUGGUUCAAAGUGUCCGACUCGGGGGGAUUUGUGCAGGAGGAGAAUCCAUGUAAACUAGUGGAGGCGUUUAUUUUGAUGCUGAAAGGAAACGGAUACCCGACUUUGGAACAAAUGAAACCAUGAACAGUUCAAAUAAAGUAUUGUUUAAUCUAUAAUGUACUUCACUUGCACUAACUUUGUACUUGAAUGUGAUGGAAAAGAUUAGAUUUCUUCGCACCUUUUACUAGAAGCACCAGUAUUAAAUUAAUUGAUGUGCAGACUUCAUACAACUAUUGGCAACGUAUAUUUUUCUGCACUGGCAGUUGUCAACAAACUCAAACCUGCAAUCAAAUGCGGUAAUUGGGUUGCUUUAGUUGGAAAUCUUUUACCAUUGUUUAAAUUAAUUGGGAAAUUGAG